AUGUCGAGCUGGGUCGCAUUGAAUGUUGAGCCCGACGAGGCCGUCGAGGAGGAAGUUGACGACACCAAGGAGCUUCAGAUCGAGGAAGCUUUGAAGCUUUACCACAGUGCCUUGAAGCUGCAUUCACAAGGGCCGGACCACUAUUCCCAGGCUGCCGAGGCCUAUGAAGCUCUUCUUAAUUCGGAGAUCUUCAAAUACCCAGAGUCUAUAUCCGAUUUCAAAAGGGGUGCCUUCGACGAUGCGCAGGAUGAAAUUGCUACAGAAUCGAUCACCGAGUUCAACGUUAACGACUCUACCUCCAGUCUAUUCCAAAUGCUCUAUCUGUCCUAUAAGAACUACGGCAAAUUUGUUCUCGAUUCAGUGCAAGACUCCAUACGAACAGCGCCACAGACCCCCGAAUCUGAGCAGGAAAUACAACGAAAGUUGACGGAGGCAUCCAGGAAAGCUUUAGGAUCUUUUGGAGAUGCUUUGGAACGAGACGACUCAGAUCUCAACCUCUGGAGGCAGAGCGCAAGACUCAGCAGUUCCUUGAACAGCUACCGUUUGUCUCGGUAUUGCUUGGAGAGUGUCCUAGCGGACGAUGACAAUCGCUUGGAGUUACGGUCAGAGCAGCUUGGCCUAGAGGAGAUAUUUGCGGAGCAGCGGUUGCGAAGCACGCUACAGUCCCUUUUCGACAAGUUAUCUGCCUCGCAAAUUCCCGUCCAGAAGCCAAAGAAAGCUUUGUUGAAAUACCUGAAAAAGCAUGAAGAUCCAUAUCCCAAUCUGCCGGCACUUCCUGCCGCUUUGCGCCGCCUAGAUCCAUCAAGGGGCCCUCUUGCUCUUCACGCUUCCCGCCGAGAGAUAACCCCUGCUGACCCAACCUGGGAGUCAGUUGGCAAAGCGCUACUCCAAGCACUUGACGAUGAAGAUGAUAACUCGCAGGCCGUUCCCACUCAGUCUAUUGGUAUUACUCUGCCUUCCAGAAACUCCCAAACUCCAGCUACCCCCAUUGCGGAUGCGGAGGCCACGGAAAUGGCCUUGGAUACCGAGGAUGGCGGGAAUCAUGGUGGUAAUGAAGUUGCCGACGUGGACAUGCUUGAGACAACCGAAAACGAUGCCAAGCCCGAACAAAGCUCAUCUCAGCCAAUUAAAGUGCCCACUGAGGCAGGAGAGGAACAAUCAUCGAUCGAUCAAAGUGCUGAAAAGCAAUUGAUGGAGUCAUUGGAACGUCAAUCGACGCAGCCACAGGAUCAGCAGGCCGAACAAGAUAGGGCCCACGCAGAAGAAGUUGACACGGUCUCUGCAGUGGAUAUUCGAAAAAGAUCGUCUGCAUCGGCCGCGAACGAAGAACCGGAGGGUGGCCGCAUGAAAAGCAGACGGACCCGAGCCCGAGAGUCAAAUGCCGACACCUUGGCACUGCCUGAAGAAGUUGCAUUCGACCAAGAAAAAUACUAUGAAGACCGUCUUGAGGUUUUUGUAAAUGCCGAUGAUUGGAUGUUCAGCACUGUUGACUCUCUCUUCUCGAAGGUCGGUAUUGAUGCACUUGGUAGCAUUGAAGGCCUGAGAGAGAAGUGCUCCGGAAAUGACUCAACCGAUACACCCCAAGAUCUCGAGACACGUUUAUUUCAGGACUUCCGAGGUCUCAUGAAGACAUGGGAUGACGAAAAGUCUCGAUUGAUGCAGCAGAAAGACGAUUUAUCUCCGCUGAAAGACAUCCGUGGCACGAGCAAGUCAGGAUUGGCUGUUUUCCUUGAGCACUCAAGAAAGGGUGCUCGGAAGCCAGUUAUCGAGGAAGAGCUCCCUUCUGGGGAGCAAUUGUAUAACUUUUCCAAUGCCAUCAACUCUGACUGGUUACAUCCACAGCAAACUUCGUUCGAAUGGCUAAAAUGUCUUCUCAUGCCGGAUUUUGGGCGAGAGUCUUCGGACUGGCUGACAGCAAAGUCGACUUACACCUGUUAUUCGUGGCCAAAAGACUUGAAGGAGACGGUCGUGGAACUCUUAGUUCGGGAGGAUGAAUUCACCUACCGGGAGUGCAGCGAAAUGAUCGCCAACCUCGAAGCUCGAAUUCUUGGCUCAAGCAAUGGAGCUCCAUUUGAAUACAAGCCGAAAGACUUGUUCGAAUUCCAGAUGAUACAAACCAUCUACGAGCUUCAUUUGGAUGUCUUUUCUUCGGCAGAGAGCCUUGACGGUGAGACAAUCCAGGAAACAAGACUCGCACAGCGUGAUCGGCUGGCUCGCUGGGGUAUGCUAGCUCGGUCAUCGAUAGAUCACUUUGUCGACCAUUGCCCCUCGAGCGAAUCUCAAUCAAAUCUCAUUCUGCGCCAUUUGUGGGCAUCGGCAUUCCACGUUAAUCUUGCCGGUGACGCACAGCGAGAACAUACCCUGCUUUGUCUCCAAGACCUCAAACAAAUACUUCAGUCCCUCGGCAACCCGAGCGUAAAUCUCAUCAACAACGCCACAAUGUCAGAAUUGUCCGCUGCUGUGAUAGACCAGGAGGUCUUGAAGCUCAAGUGCAUGGACUUUUUCGCCAAGGUAUUCAACUCAGACUCUGAGGAUCCCGUGACUCUCAUCGAAGCAAUUGAGCCUAUUCUUGAACCCUCGUCCAUCGAGUAUGCUGAGAGUUCAGCGGAGAAUGACAUGAAUAAUCCCACCUCACACCUCGGUGAAAUGGCUGCCUUCCUUGAUAGAGGUGACGCUACAUUGCGACUAUUCCUCUGGCGUCGACUCCAGGAAGCAUACCAAGCUAUUGAUUACCCGCCUAAAGUUGUCUCUUGCUAUUUACGAAGCAUUGAAGUGGUAAUGGCAGAACUCGAGGCAGCGAAACACAGCGAAGAAACAAGCCAACAUCGACAAGUGGCUCUAUUAGGUUGGCUCAAAGCUCUCGAUGGCAUUGUGGCCAAAGCUAUACCACAUAUCCUUGAAGACCCAGAACAAGCAUUUGACUGUAUAGACAUGGAGCAUUUGCAAACCUCAAUGUCUGCUAUUGCCCGCCUCGUGAGGCUGUUGCACAGCUUUAUACUUUAUGAGGACUCGGUACGAGUAGGCCAGAUUUCUGGUCGCGACUUCCGAGGCUCAUUGGCGAAAUCGCUAGAAAACCUGAAAGAAAGAAUGCGAGAGCUAUAUGUUCGCUGCUGGAUCUUACAAUACGCCCUCUUUGUGGAAGCGAUUGCCCAGAACAAGGGGCUUUUCGAUGAUCCGCUUGAAGACCGCAUUCAUUUCCUUCGUUCUGUUCAUAAUGCAUUGGGCGUUCGAUCGAUGUGCAGGUACUCGCAAAAGAGAUUCUUGAAACUUCUAAAAGCAGAACUAUUUGGUCUUGAAACCAAGGGUGAUUAUGAAUUUGAUAUGUAUCAAAUACUCCUCGAUCUCCAUGGUAUCAAAUUCUCCGCGUUUGAUGGAACUGUGGACCAUGGAUGUCCCCCCGAGAAAUUAGACCGCCCUACAGCGAUCAUGAUGAUCGACUUUGUUCUGCAACAAGCAAACAAGAUGAAUAUGAAAGACUUGUCCAAGUCCGAAUUGAAGACUACCAUUGAGAAGAUGCAGCAAGCGAUUGGUCCUGCCAAGGCUUCUUCGCAAACACCCCAGUUGACUUUCAACCGUCGCCUUGUGAAUGCCUAUCUCAAAGCCGCGCUCAACCCAUCCAAUCUCCUCCGUGCUGUUCAGGGCAUUACAGAGCUUUCGACAACAAUAGUUCCAACGGAGAAUGCGAAGAUCGCUGCCAAAGGGUGGUUCUUCCUCCUUGGCCAUGCCGCACUCACCAAGUUUCGAUCCUCGAAGCGCCUCAGCCCUGGCCCAACAAGCGAGCUUGAUGAUGCCAUCGGAUUCUUUAGACAAGACUUGGAUCAUGGAACAGGGAGAUGGGAAACCUGGUAUAGGCUCGCCCAAACAUAUGACUCAAAGCUUGAUGAAGACAUUACAUGGACAGCUGACAAGAUCAAUAACAAUCGUUCGGACUUGGCAGCAUUGCAGCGAAAUGCUAUUCACUGUUAUGCCAUGGCUGUUUCAACAGCAAUGAGGACUGCAGAGCCAACGGCAGAGACCAGAGAAGCGAUGUCAGAUCUGUAUUCAGACUUCGGUAUCCGCCUGUACUCGUCCUCUCGCGAGCCCUUAUCCAUGGGGGCCUUCAGUGUUGCAGACUUCCCUCGCCAUUUCAGCAGCGAGGAGAGCCAACAAAUGUACAAGGGGACGCCUUUCAAAGAGAUGUCGCUUUAUUCAACAUGGAACUUUGCUAGCAACCUUCUCAAACGGGCAGCUGUCGACAAGUCUAAGCGAUGGAUGACUCACUACACGCUUGGCAAAUGUCUUUGGAAAAUGUUCACCAGCGACGACGCUUUGAGAACCACUUCCAAGAAGGUUGAAAUGCAAGAGGUGAUAAAUGCUAUGCUCGAUGCUAUUGCUGCACUUCCGCAGCGAAGAGACUCACGCUCUGAUCCGAUCUUUGAGCCACAUUUCAAACUCUUCUCUUUUGUACACAAGCUUGUUCUUCGAGGAAACAUGACACCUGCCGAAGGAAGCAAGACCCUCCUUGCAACUCCCUGGGCUCGUAAGAUUGACCCUCCGGAGAAUAUGGAGGGAUGGAACCCAUACAUACUCGAAGUCCUGCGGAAAUAUAAGAGCGCCGACAAGUCCAACUGGCAUCAUCGCAUGGGUGUAAAGGCUGCGCAUGUCAUCUAUGACGACCAGCGAAACGCAACCGCUGCUAUGGCUGCCAAGCAGGAACUUUCUCAAAUAUUCACCAAGACACUUACAAUCCAAGUCUGGCGGCCAGAAUUUGAACGUCCCGGUCGUCAUUUCGUUUACACGACCCGCUACGUGUACUUCUUUGUUGGCCUGCUUGACCAGCUUGACGAUCGCGCAAGCUUGGAUCAACUUUUGCGCCGCGUGAGAAAGAAGCAAGGAGAUUUCUUCAAUCACACCAAGCUGUGGGAGGACAUUUGCCUAACCUAUGCAAAGAUAAUCCGCCGCGCAGCCAAGAUUAACGAAGGACAUGAAGAAACCAUAUUCAAACCAAUCGGGUGGGAAGAGUUCUCCACUAAGACGGCCCGUUUGGAAAGCCUACCUCACCUGGGCCCAGAGAGCCAGGCUAUCUUAGAAUUACUUCGAGACGCCCUGGAGCUAAAGAAGCUUAACAACAACCUCAUGAAAAUUACCAUGUUCGAAGACCUAAUUGCCGACCUCUACGCCCGACUCUACGAGAUCAACACACCUCACCUUGUCGAACAAGCAACCGAGGAAAAUAAAGAAAAGAUGAAAGUCGACCAUCUCCUCAUGGUAGGCGACGGCCUUCCUGAGACUUCAACCCCUCCAGCAUCCGUUCCAGUAUCCGUUCCAGCAUCUGAUACUCCAGCACCCCGUGGUCGGACAAAAGGCAUCGCCCGUCGCGACAUCCAGAAACGCGCCGACACAAUCGUGAACACGAAACUGGCUCCUCGAGCCGUGGCGAGUAAAGUAACCGCCGCAGGCGAGACGGAGCCACCUGCGACUCCGCAGGGCGUUGAAUCGACCACUGCGGGGCCGAGCUCCGCGCCCCGUGGUCCCGCCAAGCAGGUUUCUGCUACUGGGGAUGGCUCAGCUGAGCAGAGAGAUGAGCAUGAGAGUGCAGACGAGACUGAGAAUAGUGAAAAUGAAGACACGAAGCUAGUUGACGAGGGAACCUCGGCGCUUUUCCCUCAUGUUACUGAUGCAGAGGAAAUGGGAACAGGCGAUGAAGGUGCAGACGAAGUGGAUGGUGAGGAUGAUGAAGGCGGCCAUGAGAAUGAAGGCGAAGAAGGGGAAGGUGAUGGUGAUGGUGAUGAUGAUGGGGAUGGUGAUCCUGGUGGUGAUGGUGAAGGAGAUGAGGAUGAGGAGAUGCAGGAUGAGGAAACAAAGUUGGAAGAAGACAAAGAAGGGAGGGAGACUCUCACUGCCGAUCAGUCUGCCAACGACACUGAAACUGAGCAUGUGGCUGACAAGCGAGAUCCCGGGGAGCAAGAUGCCAUGGACAUUACACCUUCUGAGUCCUGA